AUGGCAAUGGCGGAAGGAAAGAAGGAUUCGGUGGUGUUGCCAUUUUACUAUAGCCAUGUGUGGAAGAACGUGCUUCUACUGGCUCUGAGCGCUGUUUGCGCGCCUCUCUCGGCAGCGCUGGUGUUGGUCGGUCUUGCAGUGUCCAAACUCCAUGGACAGCGCAAUGCAACGUUUUCUAAGGAGGAUAAGCAGCAUGUUGCAGCGGCACGAAGACGGAAAACUAUUCUUGUCACAGGAGUGUCGAUGACCAAGGGCCUUACUAUUGCGCGCAACCUGUCUCAGCAUACACCACAUCGCAUCAUCGGCGCCGACAUCUCUGCUUUAUCACCAGGUCGCUUCUCCAACGCUAUUGCAAAAUACUACCGUCUGGACACACCAAGUGGCGACGAUGCGGAGCCAUAUAUUGAUUCCAUCCUCUCCAUCAUCCAGCGCGAGAAAGUCGACUUAUGGAUCAGCUGCUCCAGCGUCGUCGCAGCCGUAGAAGACGGUCAAGUCGUCCGCUUAGCAGAAAAGCAGGCGAAAGAACAAGGCCGCAAGUUUGAAGCCGUUCAGUUCCGGGAAGAUGUGGUCGAAAAGUUCCACGAGAAGGACAAAUUCAUCGACUAUAUCGAAUCGCUCGGUCUGCCAAUCCCAGAAUCGCACCGCUGCACCCACCCAGCGGAAGCUCUCGAUGUGCUCAUGGGGGAGCUUCACAGAACCCCGACAAAAUCUGGAAGAACAGCACCCAGGCGACAAUUCAUCAUGAAACCCAUCGGAGUGGACGACAAGGCGCGAAACAACAUGAUGACCCUCCUCCCCUUCAAGACACCGGAUGCAACAGCGCGAUACAUUCACUCUCUCAAUAUUAGCAAGGAAAACCCAUUCCAACUCCAACAAUUCAUCAAGGGAAACGAAUACUGCACACAUGCACUCGUCAUCCGCGGCAAAGUCAAGGCCUUCACUAGCUGCCCCAGCCUAGAACUCCUCAUGCACUACGAACCGCUACCAGCGUCCUCCCCCCUCAGCAAGAAGAUGCUCGAAUUUACCGAGCGUGUGUGCAAAGACGGUGGCGAAACCUUCACAGGUCAUCUGAGUUUUGACUUUCUAGUCGAGAACGACGACAAGGGUGCGGCUGCGAAGUUCUACCCUAUUGAAUCUAACCCCCGUGCUCAUACGGCUGUCGUGCUCUUUGAGCAGACGCCCGAAAUGGCGGAAGCAUAUCUUUCCAUCUUCAACAGUCCUAACCCCUUGACCUCCAAAAACAAGCCUGGCCCUGUUUUCCCUCGUACUCCAACGUACAGUUAUUACUGGGUCGGACAUGACCUUGUAUCUUUUGUCAUCCUGCCACUUCUCGAUCUCUUAUUCGGUGCGACAACGCUGCAGAGUGCGUUCAAUGAUCUAGCGACAUUUUGGAGUCAUGUUGUGGGGUGGAAGGAUGGGACGUAUUUGUUUGAGGAUCCAGUACCUUUCUUCGUCUUGUAUCAUGUUUAUUGGCCGGCGAAGUUCUUGGAUGCGUUGAUAAGGGGGCAGGCGUGGAGUCGGAUUAAUGUCAGUACUACGAAGAUGUUCGAGGUUUGA